UCGUUUUCGUGAACCAGUUUGUUUUUGUGGUUCUGAAGUUUUGAUGGUGUUUUCUGUUGUUUAAUUUUCGUUGGUCUUUCAGUUUUUUUAAUUUAUGAAAAUGCUCCGUUAACACAAAUUUAUAUUUUUCAUUAUCAAUCAGGUUUAUCAGUAAUUGUAUUGUGUAAUACAGUUGGUAAAGGAAAAUGCCUCUUUUACGCAAAAGACCCAGCAAUAUUAAGUAUAGUGAAAAAGAACACGAUAAAGAAAUUGCAAAAGCAGCAAUAAAAUGGCAUCUGAAAGGUGCCUCAAAAAAAGGUGAUUCCAACAACGAACCAACAUCAUCUUCUGAAAGUGAUAAGAAUAAAGAUGGAAAUGUUAAAAAAUCAGUGAAUUUAUCACUUGCUAUCAAUACCAGAAAUGUGCCAGAAGUGGUGUUUUCUAGUGAUGGCAGAAAAUUCUUUCCAUGCCAUUUUUGUUGUAGAGCAUUUGCCUUUAAGAAGCGUCAGGUGACCCACAUGGAUAUUUGCCUGUUCAAGAAUGAUAAAAGAAGGAUUGCUAAAUCUAAAGGUGAUGCAGCAGCUGUUACAAAACCUGAUUUAGAGGAAACAAAAGAGAAAGAUGAAAAUGAAACUACUGACUUUGAAUAUGAUGAAGAUGAGGAAGAAUUUUCUGGCAGUGUAACUGAGAACAUCAGUGAUGAAAAAGUCAAUAAUACACAGAGCAGACCAAAAAAGAAAUUGACACUGCUGAGAUUCAAAACCAAAGAUGAUAUGAAUUGUAAUCUGAUUUGUAACAAUAAGGCUUCAGAACAUUUUAUUGUACAAACCUAUUCUGAAGAUGAACUUGAUGAAUGCGAUCAAGGAACUGAAAAUAAGUCAGAUACAAAUGUAGAUGAAUCUCAGUCGUCUGGUUCAUCAAAUGCAGGGAGUAGAAGUACUGAAAUGCGUAAGCAAUCUACCAGUGUUGGUGAGGAAAAGCUUAAUAAACAAUUAAUUAAGCAUACUAAAAAAGAAUUUUCAAAAAAACCUUUUAAAAUACAUAUUCCACAAGUACUUGAGAAAUCCAAGAAAGUUAGACAUAGAACAUCUUUGAUAAGACAAUUUAGCAGACCUUCUGAUAUACCAUCUUAUUUUUUCCAAUCAAUUCAGUUGAGACAUUCGAGGAAAGUUAUACAAGACAAAACAAAAAUUAAAGUCAGAAGGUUGACUCGUGGAGCACUGAGAAGAAUUAAAAAUCAAACUAAACUAAAUUAUGACAAAUUAAACAAAAAACGGAGUAAUAAACAUGUGGUUGAAAGAUUUCCAAGAAAUGACCCAUCUACUGCUGAUGUAAAAUCUGAAGAAUCUGUAAAGGAGAAUAUAAAUACAGAAGAAAAUGACAAAUUACGCAGAAGAAUAUUGGAAUCUAAUCUUGAAUCUCCCUCUAUUCAGAAGGUCACAAGUUCAUUAGACACUUUAAGUUUGAAUUCUCCAAUAGAAGAAACACAAACUGACUCUCUAGAUUAUAAAAAUACUAUUACACCAUCUUCAACUAAUUCAGAUAAUAAUGAUAACGUGGUAUUAACAGAUCAAAAUAAAGAAAAAUCUCACAAAGAAAUCGAAAAAGAAUUUGCCAGUAAGUUAAUUGAAAAUUUCGAAAACAUAUCACAAAAAGAGAUUGAUUAUGAAAAUAGUUCACCAUCUACAUCAGGUUUACAAAAAACAUCAAAAGUUAUAGAUGAUAAACCAACCAUUAAUUUAAGGUCAAAAACAAAUUAUAACAUUAACAAAGAUGGUACAAAAGAGGUUCAACUACAGGCUUCGGUUGAUAAUAGCAUUGAAAAAAUUGUACGUACAAAAGAUAAAAUUACCAAUAAAGGGGUUGAAAAUAAUGCUGAAAAUGCGUCUCCAGUUGCAUUGUCUACCAGAGCAAAAACAAAUAAUAAAAAGAACAAUCCAAGUGUAUCAACAAAGGUGAGCCAAAAGUUGCAAAAAUUAAAACUUGUGAGAAGCAGCUCAAAUCGUUUAAAGUUCAGAAAGGAACUUAACAAGUCAAAACAGAAAAAAGCUCAACAAGUACAGUUUCAAGAAAAGGUCUCUGAUAUCAAAAAGGAAAAGAAAUCUGUUCCUAUAGUUAAGAGGGUGUCUUUUGGCGAAUCAACAAUAAUAAAUGAGGAAAGAGGGAAGAAUGUGACUCCAAAGAAAUUUUUCAAAACUGUUAAGAGAAACAGUGCCACAUGUAAUUCUGGAUUGGGAGUUUUAAAAUCAAGACGCUUGAGAAGGACACAGCAGAAAUUAAAAAUAAACGCCAGACCAAAACAAAUAAGAAAACGCAAGCUGUUGACUGUUAAAACUAAAGAUAUAAUUUCAAGUAAAGUAAGAGAAAAAUCGAUAACCAGAAAAUCAAAAUAUUUGAAGGCAAGACCAAUAAAAUCUAGGAUUUCUAAUUUGUCUAAGAAAGUUACUGGAAACUUACAAGCCCAACCAUCUAAUAAUUCCUCGCAAAGAAGUACACCAGAUAAUCAAGGAGCAACAGCCAAACCCACAAAAUCUAUUCAGCAGGUCGAGAAGAAAAUCAAACCCACUCCUCCAAAAAGACCUAUAAUAAUAAUAAAAACAGCCAGUCAAAUAAAUCGACUUUCUAAAGAAGAGGUUGACAGGCUGUUUAAUUCACUAAAAGAAAAUAAGGAUACUAACAACGUAGGAUCAUCUUUGCAACAGCAGGAUAUUAACAAUAUUUCUCUUCCAAGUACUUCACGCGAUACGAAAUAUUUUGAUAAAAUUCAUAAUGGUAAGAAGGUUUUAAUGCAAACUGAUCAAGUUGCUAGCUGCAGUUCGUUGAAUUUACGAAGUAGCGGUAGUCUUCGUAGUUUUGGUAACUUGGCUAAUCAAAAACCAAAGUCACAACAACAAAUCCCAAUGCAACCCUUCCAACAAGAGUCUGAAUCUGAGACCCCUAAAAUAACAGCGAGUGGAAUACUUGAACGCCACAAGAAGGAAAUGAUGGAAAGAGAAAAAGCAAAACAGAAUAAUCCUCCCGUUAACGCAUCUGUUUAUGAUUUUGACGAAACCGAAGACGAAAUAUUUGGUUUGCAGCAAUCAACAAAGAAGAGAAAGUACAAAAAGCGAUCCAUUAGAAAAGACGGCUCUCCUGUGAGAAAACGUCAAAGGCGUCCUAGGGAAAACGCCUCAAAAGUAGUUCCAAACUUGAAAGAAUUGGAACAAGACAUUGCAGAAGUUUCAAUAACUUCAAAAGCAGUAAACUUCCCCCUUCUUGAGUUUUCUUCCGUUAUGCAACCUAAAGUUUGUCCCUUUCCGUAUUGUAACCAGUUAUUUAAAACGGAAGAAGAAUUUAUUGAACAUAAGAUUGUGAAACAUCAGAUUGGCAGAAUACUGCUAGGACCUGAUAAAUUAGCCAAAUAUGACGAAGUGUACCAGAAUUCUGACAGAAAAAAAUGCCCCAUUUGCUUUAGAGAAAUAACAAUCACAAUGAAUUGGAAGAGACACUUAAAAACACACAGUAAGGAGAGAGAUUUCAGUUGUACCAUAUGUAAAAAGACCUUUUCAAGAGCAGAUCAUAUGAAGAAUCAUGAAAAGCGCCACUUGGAAACCAUAAAACAGGCAUAUGGAGUAAAUGAAGCAGAAAACUCAAACAGUAAUCCUGAACCUUAAGAAUUUUUGACUUCCAAUUAAUUAGUUGGUUAUUUGUGUAUUUCAUAUUCUGUUUUAUUAGGAUUAGAGUGUUUGCAAUGUUAUAUAAAUAAUUGUGUACUAAUUUAUCACAGGAAAAUGUUAUGCAAAUUGUUAAAAUUCAGUGCCUUGUAAUUGUUCAAUGACCAAAGUUACUAAAUAUUCUAUAGAAACUGUUAUCAGAAUUUUUAUGGGAUGUUUAUCUAAAUUGCUACUGACCUAACUUGCAUGUUAUUUUUAUACUUAUUCUUGGUAAAAUAUAUAAUAACGAUAUUUAGA